AUUUUAUUAUUGUCAAAAUUGUGUUGAGUUUACGGAAUAUAAUAUGGGCUGUGUGAGAUUUGAGAUUGACGAAUGACGGCCGACAAUAUUUGUAAACACAGUUUGUCUCCAUCACGUACAAGUAUUUAGUGUACAACUGUACGCACUCGCUCAACCUUUAGCCUUUAGGCUUUGGCGAGAUAAUAAAACAAUUAUUAACUCCACGGUGUUUAUGAACUAUUUCUAAUUUCUUUAGUUAUUAACAGUACGUUACAUUCAGUCCGUCAUCAUAAUUAUUAUCGUUGUUACGUGUGAGGUCCUCUAAACGUCCAAGCUUUUAUCGUUUGGACUGUCAUUUGUCGAGUGAAACGACGUACCAUUUGAGAACGGUUCGGCGCCCAACCGUUUCGUCUGUAUUGCGCAGGCCGCCUCCGCACCGUACCACGGGAACCGACGGGGCGACUCCCCGAAAUCAACACAACAUUUAUCGAUCUCCAAGCGUCGCGUUUCUAUUUUCACAUUUGUGAAGUUCGCUGUAAAAGUGUCCAUUACACCAACGAUAAUAUACAGGUGUAAAUGGCAUCAUUUAACCAAAGCGCGGAUGAAAAUAAACAGAAUGGCAAGAGGAAAUGGAAUGAAUCGCAUUCGGACAUAGAACGAAAUUCUCAAGAUGACGAAGACGACCACUCAACUACUGAGAUGGAGCAAGGUUACCAGGAACUCUGCAAAACUCAACCAACCAUUCUCGUUGAAGAUUUCGAGCCAAUGAAGCCACUUGAAGAAGAAGAGUUAAUGGAAGCAUCUUUAACUACAGACCGUAAACAAGUUAUUGUUGGCAUAUGUGCCAUGAAAAAAAAAAGUUUUUCUAAACCAAUGAAAGAAAUUCUCAACAGGCUAGCUGAGUUCGAAUAUUUAAAAAUGAUAGUUUUUGAAGAAGAAUUAUUAUUAAAACCUAUCGAAGAAUGGCCCAUUUGUGAUUGCUUGAUAUCUUUUCAUUCUAAAGGAUUUCCUCUUGAAAAAGCUAUUAGAUAUGCUGAGCUUAGGAAUCCAUUGGUUAUUAAUCAUUUGCCAACUCAGUUUGCUCUCCAAGAUAGAAGGCAGGUUUAUUCAAUUUUGGAAUCUGAAGGAAUUCUAAUUCCUAGGUAUGCAGUUUUAGAUAGAGAAUCUCAGGAUCCAAAUUUACACGAGCUAGUAGAGUCUGAAGACCAUGUUGAAAUAAAUGGUGUUGUAUUCAAUAAACCAUUUGUUGAAAAACCAGUUUCUGCUGAAGAUCAUAAUAUUUAUAUUUAUUAUCCUACUUCAGCAGGAGGUGGAAGUCAGAGACUUUUUCGGAAAAUCGGUAGUCGUAGUAGUGUUUAUUCUCCAGAAUCUAGAGUUAGGAAAACUGGUUCUUUUAUAUACGAAGAUUUUAUGCCAACUGACGGAACUGAUGUUAAAGUAUAUACAGUUGGCCCAGAUUAUGCUCACGCGGAAGCACGUAAGUCACCUGCUCUGGACGGUAAAGUUGAACGUGAUUCUGAAGGUAAGGAGAUACGAUAUCCUAUUAUCCUCAGUAAUUCUGAAAAAAUGAUUUCUCGUAAGGUAUGUUUAGCAUUUAAGCAAACUGUAUGUGGCUUUGACCUACUACGAGCAAAUGGUAAAUCUUUUGUUUGUGAUGUGAAUGGAUUUAGUUUUGUUAAAAAUUCAAAUAAAUACUAUGACGAUUGUGCCAAAAUAUUAGGAAACAUGAUACUUAGAGAAUUGGCACCUACACUUCAUAUACCUUGGUCAGUUCCUUUUCAACUAGAUGACCCUCCAAUUGUUCCUACUACUGUUGGGAAAAUGAUGGAAUUACGGUGUGUUGUGGCUGUUAUAAGACACGGAGAUCGUACUCCUAAACAAAAAAUGAAAGUUGAAGUUAGACAUUCCAAGUUUUUUGAUGUGUUUGAAAGGUAUGGGGGUAAAAUGAAAGGAGAAGUUAAAUUAAAACAUCCUAAGCAACUUCAAGAAGUUUUAGAUAUUGCCAGAGCAUUGUUAGAUGAAAUUGAGCAUCAUGAAGCUGAUCAAGAGCUCGAAGAGAAAAAAAGAAAACUUGAACAAUUAAAAAGUGUUUUAGAAAUGUAUGGUCAUUUUUCAGGAAUAAAUCGUAAAGUUCAAAUGAAAUAUCAACCUCAUGGAAGACCAAGAAAAGAACAAAGUGUAAAUUUUAAACAAGACCCAUCACUUGUUCUAAUACUUAAAUGGGGAGGUGAAUUAACUCCGGCAGGGAGAGUUCAAGCUGAAAAAUUAGGACAAAUUUUCAGAUGUAUGUAUCCUGGAGGCCAGGGUAGAAAUUCAGAUACUCAAGGAUUGGGGCUACUUAGAUUACAUUCUACAUUUCGCCAUGAUUUAAAAAUUUAUGCAAGUGAUGAAGGUAGAGUGCAAAUGACAGCUGCUGCAUUUGCAAAAGGAUUAUUGGCCCUUGAAGGGGAAUUAACACCAAUUCUUGUACAAAUGGUUAAAAGUGCCAAUACAAAUGGUUUAUUAGAUAAUGAUCGUGAUUCCAGUGAACAACAAAAUAUGACAAAAGAACAGUUACACAAAUUAAUGCAGAAUGACCAUAUAUUUACUCCUGAAGAUCGAGCAAUGAUAAAUCCUUGUAGAGCUAUAAGUAUAGAUGAAGCAUUAGAUUAUGUAAAAAAUCCUGUUCAGUGUUGUGAAAUAGUACAAGAACUAAUACAGAAGUUAGUUGCUGUUGUAGAAUCCAAAAAAGAUGAUCCAAAAAAAGCAGACACUGUAUUAUACCAUGGUGAAACGUGGGAACUUAUGGGACAACGAUGGUCAAAAAUUGAAAAAGAUUUUUAUACUAAAAAUAAAAAAUUUGAUAUAUCCAAGAUUCCUGAUAUAUAUGAUUGUAUAAAAUAUGAUUUACAGCAUAAUCAACGAACCUUACAAUUUGAAGAAGCUGAAGAAUUGUAUACGUAUGCCAAAUAUUUGGCCGAUAUAGUUAUCCCUCAAGAAUAUGGGUUGGAUAUAGAUGAAAAGGUUACAAUUAGUCAAGGAAUUUGCACUCCUUUAUUAAGAAAACUUAAAUCUGACUUGCAACGAAAUGUUGAAGAGCCAUGUGAAGAAGCAGAUGAUGAAACAGUAAAUCGUUUAAAUCCUACAUAUUCAUAUGGUGUAUUAAGUCCUAGAAGACAUGUAAGAUCUCGUUUAUAUUUUACUAGUGAAAGCCAUAUCCAUUCACUUUUAUCUAUUUUGAGAUUUGGUGGCCUGUUAGAUGUGUACAAUGAUGAACAAUGGGGUCGAGCUAUGGAAUAUGUCAGUAUUGUUUCAGAACUUAACUAUAUGACUCAAAUUGUCAUUAUGUUGUACGAAGAUCCUACCAAAGAUGUAAAAUCCGAUGAGAGAUUCCAUGUAGAACUACAUUUUAGCCCUGGUGUUAAUUGUUGUGUUCGAAAAAAUUUACCGCCAGGUCCUGGUUUUCGACCACAAACAGGUAGUAAUUUCAAAACAAAACAUAAAGAUUACGAAGAGGAUGAUUCAUUAGAUGAAGAUGAAGGGCAUAGUAGAUUUUCUGUGACAGAACCGCAAAUUGAAGAAGAAGAAGAAGAAGAUCAUAGUCGAUUUUCUAUUACUGAAGAUGAUAAAAAAGAAUCAUCUGAACCGCCAAUAUUUUCUGAGGAUGACACUUGCGAUGGACCAAUGAAGUUCAAAUUUUGUCAGCCUCAAAAUGCUACAGCCAAGAGACAUUGUUAUUUUUCACAUUUGUUUUCUGCAUCUCCACCAACCAGUAGUUUGUUUAGUACUGCUGUAAUUAGUGGCUCAUCUAGCACUUCAGAUUUACAUGACUUGAUGACAGGUCCUUCAAGCUAUGCUGGUUCAAUAAUUGGUUGCGAUGGGGUUCCACCAAUAAGACCUUUAGAAACAUUGCACAAUGCAUUGUCAUUAAAUCAAGUUAUAACUUUUUUUGAUAAGGUUAUUAAUAACCAAGAACCAAGUUCACCAGAAAUUUGGCCAUAAUAUGUUAAUUAUUUUAUUAUAAAUGCCAAUAUUAAACAGUAUGGUUAGAAUUACUAAAAAUCUAUUAAUUCAUUAUAUACCUACGUUUUUAAAAUAAUUAUAUUCUUAAUGCUUGAACAAAGUAUUAACUAAACAAUAGUAUUUAUCAUUUUUAACUAAAUGUUACUCUUAUGAAUUAAGUGUUUAAAAAAUUAUGAAUGUAUUACAGUAGAUAAUAUUAUAUAAUUUAUAAAUCAAUAUUUAUAUUCCUAUAAUAAUAUUUUAAUAAAUCAACGGUUCUCAAGUUUUUUUUUUAUUGAAGUCUUAUUGAAUUUGCUAAUAUUAUAAGGUUUCAAUCAUUUAAAUAAUUACCAUGGGUAAAUGUUAUAUCCAUUUUUUAAUUCUAGAGUUACAUAAUAUUAUGUAUUAGUUUAAAUUUAAAUUUAAGAAACAUUUUCUAAGAAUUUAUAAAAGUGAAAAAUGUAAAUGCUUGGUUUAAAUAAUUAAGCGGGUUUGACGUUUCCUUGGAAAAAAUCAUAGCUUCAAUAAAAUAUGUUUGAGAACCACAGUAGUAAAAAUUAGAAUAUAUUAUAUUUGUGAUUUUGAUGUUUACAGUUUUAAAGUCUAAGUUAAUGUAAUGUUAAUUAAUGUAAGUACCUGAAUUUGUAAAUAUUUUAUGUUGUUGAAUAUUUUUGUGGACCAAAAAUACAUAAUAUUUAAUUUAUUUACUAAAAUUAUUACUAUUUUUAUUGUUAUUGUCUGGUUGUUAAUCAACUUCAGAAAUACUGGCAAAGCUAUUCCCAUCUUAAGUAGUUAAAUAUAUACAAUACUUUAAAGUAGUAGGUAUUAUUUAAAAAUGAUUUUAUACUCAAAACAAAAAACUUUUAUAUUAUCAUAUUUAAAUAAAAUAAUUAUAAAAACUAUCAGCCAUGUCGGUGCAGGGCAUUAUUGGCCUUGACAAUUUAGUAUUAAGAAAUAUUAUUUCACUAUUCAUUCUUUAAACUCUAUUUAAAUUUUGAUAAAUUGGUUCUUUAUUAAUUUCUUUUCAAUUUUAUAACAGUUCUAAUUAAUUUUCUUGUCAUGUUGAAAUGUUCAUCUUUUUAUACAUCUUAAUUACCGUUAAAUGAAUGAUAAUAAAAACAAGUAUAGUUUACAAUAAGUAUUUAUAAGGUUAUAAGUAAAAUAUAAAAUGUUUAUAUUUAUAUACAUGGGUCAAGCUUUUUUUGAAAUUACUAUUGUUAAACACUUAUAUUAAUUCAAUACUUGAUGCAAUGAGAAGCAGUUAUUUUGCAAUUAAAAGUAAGAGUUCAAUAAAUGUGGUUAUUUUAACAUUAAGUAACCUUUGGUUAAAUUGUUUACACAUAUACUCCGUUCGCUGAGAGAAUGUGGUUACUUAGCGCUUACGACUAGAGCCGAGAAACGGGGUUUUGUGUCAUUGCAGCUGCAGGGUAUGACGCGUUCUGGUUUGUGUACUACCACAUUCUCUCGGCAAACAGAGGAUAUGGGUAUAAUAGUAUGUGGAGUUAAAAAAUAAAUCUGUAAUUAUUAAACGUACAAUAAUUAAAAUUUUUAAAUGCAUUACUCAUUUAAAAUUAAUGCGUCAUGUUUUUAAUUCUUAAGAAAUGUAAAAUUGAUGAAGGAUAAAAUUAAUUUUAUAAUAAAAACUAACAGUAUGAUGGUAUCAAUUAUUGCAACUAAAAAUGAUAAUUAUAAGAUUUCUCUGCGUGUAUAGUUUGGAAAUAUAUUUUAAAUUGUUGAAAUUACACAUAUAACCUAUGAUUUAUUUUCUUACAACCCGUCCGUCGUCCUAAUUGAUAAAAUUCUCAUAUCGUCUAGUUUUUCGAUUAAAAUACUCUCGAUUUUAGACCAAUUUAAUAUUUUAGCUAAGAAAUAGUGUCAAAUUAAAAAUACCUACCUACGAACAAGUCAACAAAAUAAUAUGUUAACUUAUUUUAUGUUUAUUUAUUAUAACCAGAUUCUUCAGAUGAUAAAUAUAUAUAUAAAUAACUUCGUAUCCCAUGCCAUAUAUUCAAUGAUAAAUGUGUAUAAUGUAUAUAUUAAUAAAUAAUAAUUUUAUAUAAUAACAACAGAUUAGCUUUGAUCGUGAUUUUUAUUAAAUUAUAGUCUUAUUUUUAGACUAGCUGUAUAUACAGACUUUGCUCGGGAAAAAUAAACAAACUUUAAAAACGGAGGUAUAUUGGUGUAUUUCGGUUUUAUAUAGUGUACGUCGCUUUCUGAAUUUUUUCGAUCGAGAUGGACAAUCUACCUACGGGGAAAUAGAUGGAGCAAUUAGUAUGUUUUCGAACGUUGUUCAAACUACUCUCUAACUUUCUGGAUAUCUCUAAUAACAAUCUCUGAAACUUUCGUUAUUAUCAGUCAAUUAUUUGUAGAGCCUAUAAGCUACAAACCAGUGGCAGAUACGAGGGGGGGGGAAGGGGCGUUCACCCUCAUUGAAUUUUUUAACGUUAUUUUUUAUUAUAAUAUUUGGCUAAACAAAAGAAGUAAUUUAAUGUUUGAAAUUCGCCCCCUCCCUUGGGUGACUUCUGGAUCAGCUACUGCUACAAACAGUAGGUAAUUAGCAUUUUGUUGCACAUUUGAAUAAUAAAUAAUAAAUUUAAUAUUAUUUUAUUGUAUUUUAUUUUUAAAAAUCCCAUAGAGCAACGAUUAGGGUGGGUCGGCUAGUCUAUACCAAUUUUUAUUUUCAAUUGAAUUUCUGUAACCAAUGCAACCCUAUGUGCAAACAAAAAAUGUAUUUUUUGAUUUAUGUAAUGCAAAACGAAAUUCAUGUGUGAGCCACCUUAUUAUACCUAACCUAACCUACAGGGGUAAAAUAAUAUUAGAACGCCAUUCGAGUCUCCAAGAAUAUAUUGAUAUAAUUUUUAUUGAAAUCGUUCCAGUAGUUGCUGAGAUCAGUGCGUACAAACUUUACUUUACUUUUAUAAUAUUAUUAAGAGUAUGAGUUGUUUAUUAAAAAUAUUUUUCAUUCUUAUUUAUUUUAUAAAAUCGAUGCUUAAAAACCACAGGAACAAUAAAAACAAAUCAAAGUUUAAACAUAAUGAAGUAUAAUAUAUUCAUUUACUUUCGCAUUUAUAACAGUAUUUUGACUUAUUAUACCUACCUAUUAUAAUAAAGUUUUUGUGUAAUAAAUGUAAUAAUAAUAAAUUAAUGUAAUACUAUGUAUAAAUAUCGAAAAUAAUAAUCAAAUAUAAUUAAUGAUCGGGGAAAAAAAUUAAAUGUUAUAAAAUCAUUGAUUUUUCUAUAAACACAGUAAUUGUUCAUCAAUUAUAUAACUAUAAAUUUAACUUUUUUCUUACAUGAACCAAUUGCAAGCAGAAAUAAACGAAUAUGUGGUUAUGAUUUUAAUAUUAUUAGUUAUUAAUAUAGCGGAUGAGCCACCCUAAAAUAACAGGUUCAAUAUGAUGCUUCCUUGAAUCGUCAAAAUCGGCCAAAUAUUUGUUGUUAAUCUAGUAUUUUUUUUUUAUUAAUAAGUAUUAUACAUUUUGCCUUAAAUGUAUAGUUGCUGUUACCUGUGGAUUAUAUUGUUACGACCCGUCCGUGACCCCAAAUAGGUAAUAUGUAUGAAAAAUGUUGUGAAUUGGUCAAAACUCAAAAGUAGUGGAUUUGUUGAAAUUUGCAUAUACAUAAUUUAGGUAUACCCCAACAAAUAAUAUAAUAUGUUAACUGACUAUCUAUUAUAAUCGAUGUACCUACCUACCUACCUAUCGUUUCCGGGUUGCUUCAGUUGAAAUUUUCUCAAUAUUUUUUUGUCAAAUUCGGUCGAGUAUUUUUUUAGUACCUAUAUAAACGUAAUUUUCCUCUGAUAUAUAACUACUCAAUAUAAUAGUUUCUUAAUUUUACACUUAAAUAAAAUUGUUCUAACGAUUAGCCUGAAUGACAAAAUAUAAUAGUAUACGGAAAAUUAUAUACAAACAUCCAAUCACAAUAAUUAUUUUAUUACCCAUAACCAUGUAACCCUUAAAUAUAAACAAAAUAUAUUAGGGUUGGAAAAAGAAAGUAAAACCGCUUUCUGAGUCUCGAGGAAUCUAUUGAUACAGCUUUUUUACCUCAAUCUGUUAAGUCGUUCGAAAUUACACGAUCACCACAGACGCACAGAAUAUCUUAAAAUAUAAUCUAAAGAUAUUUUGUUAUGUGAUUUUUUAACGGUAAUGUAUUGCAUUCGACGAAGAAAAAAACUACUGAUUCAGUGAAUAUUAUAUUCACCUGCGUUUAAUCAUACCAAAAAUAACUACUAGGUCUAAUUUGUUACAAGAAACCAGCCUCAAAGUUGAAGAAUGAAACGUUUUUGCUACUCCAAAAGGUAAUGACUGUGGCACACACAAAAAUACACUGUAAAGCCGAUAUAUUCAUCGCUUCACUCAGAAUCUAAAAAAUAAAUGCCGAUGUUAAAUAUCUAUUUUUUUUUUUUUUUUUACUACAAAAUUAGCAAUGUAUAUUACAAUUAUUUCGCAAAUAAAAAAUAAUUUUCAACGAAAUUAUGUUAUGGGGCCUAUAAACUGCGACACUACGGCUACUCUGAUCCAACGAAGUUGCACAGGAGGGGGGGGGGGCUUUGGUGAUGCAGAAUAUAGCCUAGUGGGCCUUUUUUUUGGCUGUGAAUUUUGACAUGGUUUUGAUGGUUUAUCCUAUAUAUAUGUCAAGUCGAUGGAAAAUCAGGAAAAUUAUGUAUCUAAAAGUGUAAAAAUACGAGUUUACUAUAAAAGCCAGAAGAAUGAGUUUCCGUCUUGAAUAGAGCUUUUGAAAUAAAUGUAGUUAGCUCCCAACCGAUUUUUGGGAUUUUUUUCCAAAAUUUGUAUUAUGACGGCACUUUCAAAAAAAGUUAAUAAAAAAUCAUGUUUUCAAGUUUUAAAAAAAAAAAAACAUUUUUGAAUUUUUUUUUGUAUAAAUGUUAGCUCUUUUAUCCUCAAUAUCUUAAUAGAAUCAGAAAUUAUCCCACCUACGUUAUCGUACUUACGAUAUUAUACUUACUUAUUUAAGUAAUAACAACAAAAAAUACCCCUCCCGACGAGGGGUCGUGUGCGAGAAAACGCAAAAUGGCGAAUUUUAAAAACUUUUAACUAAGUAAAAUUCUAAUUGCACCAUUGUUCUUAACUCGUUGAAAUACAUAGGUUUUACAAAAAAAUCGCUUGGGAGCCAACAGCUAAACUGCUGCAUUUAUGCCUUUUUUUUUGUUACUAUUAUAUUAAAAAGAUCAAAAAAUAAUACAUUUUUGUUUGCCUGGUUUAUGACAUCCCCAUCCCCAAACGGCCAAUCGUUUUUAAAUCGUAUAACACUUGUAUGCAUUUUAUGAUUCGUUUGGCGAAAACCCGAACGAAAUACAACUGCUCUGUUUC